AUGGCAGGCCCUCCUCCCCUUCCUGGUAAGGCGGCUGCGGCGGCCGACCCCGACGCUCCAGAGCCGAGCACGGUUCAUCGCUUCCCGGCCAUCCUCCUCCAGCCGCCGUCGCAGCGGAGGCACAACCAUUCCAGGUCCACGAAGCUGUUGCGCUCCUUCCGCUCCGCCUUCCGAGCCCUUCCCAUCAUCGCCACACCGCCCGGAUGUCACAUCCCCACCGCCGCCCUCAGCCGAGUCGGCUCCAGCGGCCGCCGGGACUGCCACGUCCACGGCACCCGCACCACCGGCACCCUGUUCGGCCACCGCAAGGCCCGCAUCACGGUGGCCUUCCAGGACAACCCCCGUAGCGUGCCUCUCCUCCUCCUCCAGCUGGCCGUCCCCACCGCCCGGUUCAUGCAGGACAUGGGCUCCUCCAGCCUCCUCCGCGUCGCCCUCGAGUGCGAGAAGAAGGUCGCCGGCGCCGGCGCCGGCGAGAAAAGCUGCGUCCUCGACGAGCCCUUGUGGGUGGCAUACAUCAACGGCCGAAACGUGGGCUACGCCGCCAAGAGGGACCCAACGGAGCUGGACCUCGGCGUGAUGCAGCUACUCCACGCGGUGUCGAUGGGAGCCGGCGUGCUGCCCGGCGACAUGACCGACCCCGUCGACGGCGAGCUCACCUACAUGCGGGCCUACUUCGACCGGGUCACCGGCUCCAAGGAUUCCGAGACGUUCUACAUGCUCAACCCCGACGGCAACGACGGCCCGGAGCUCAGCAUAUUCUUCGUCAGGAUCUAA